UUGAAUGAAAUUUGAUUCCGCACUUCUAUGGGCUAUUGUUUGAUGUUGGGACCAUGUGGAGGUGUCUUUUGAUUUUUCAGUUGCUUUUUCUGAAAGAAGUUGCUGGUCCUCCUAUACAGAUUUCUGUUGGGGACAGUAGAAAAUAUGUUGAGGACCUGUUGGACAAAGACCAGGAUCCUGAUGAAAUUCUGCAAAUCAAUAACCACAUUUGGAAAAAACGUCCUGGAUUUAUGUUGGAGGGAGACAUUUUAAAAGAGGUUUCAAGACAUGCACUCUCUGCAGUGUUUAAGAAAUGGCCUAAAACAGGAAAAUGUGUUUAUGUUCCUUAUGUUCUGUCAACUCAGUACAAUGAAGACCAACGUAAAAUUCUUUAUGAAGCUUUUGAAAACUUUGCACGUGUGACCUGCAUCAGGUUUAAGAAGCAAGAGGAUGAGACCGACUUCCUUUUCAUCGCCCCAGUCUCUGGAUGCUAUUCCUACAUUGGCCGUAGUGGUGGCAGUCAGCUGGUGUCUCUGGAUUCUACUUGCAUUCGUUUGGGUCCUGGAGUUGCUCAGCAUGAGCUGAUGCAUGCACUUGGCUUCUAUCAUGAACAAACCAGGCCUGAUCGUGACUCCUAUGUGAAAGUCCUCUUUGACAACAUUGAUGCUGUGUUUGCUGACAACUUCCAGAUACGUGAAGGAAACAUGCAAGGCAUUCCCUAUGAUUAUGCGUCUAUCAUGCAUUACAGCAGCAAAGCCUUUACAAAGAACGGGGAACCAACAAUGGUGCCUUUUCCCAAUUCAAAUAUAGCAAUUGGGCAAAGGAAAGCAUUCAGUGACAAUGACAUCCUUCGGAUUAAUCUGUUUUACAACUGUGACAUUAGCCAACUGGGUGCUGCCUGUGAAUCUUACUCUUUUGAUAAUCCCAGCCAAGAGUUGGAUAGCUUAGAUGAGACCAUCCUGCUGCCACCUUUCUCAAAAGCUGCUGUUCGUGCUCUUAGGAAUGUUAAUGUAGAUGGCAACCAUUCCAUCUUUUCACUUUUAUCUAAUAUGGAAUUUUCUGAUAUCUUGUCUCCUGCAUUCCAUGGGAGAGGUUCAAGAUCGCUUUCUUUAAACGCUGGAGAAGCAGAUUUGACGACUAGUCGUAAAACCAGUAUGUAUUGGACAACAGAAGCAAAAUCAUCCAAAGGCAUCUUACCCACUAGUACAGGAGACCCUGCAGAUGUUUCUACUAUAAUCUCAAAAUCUUCAAAUAUAUUGGCCUUACUCAAUGGGUCAGGUACAGAAGAGCCUACGGUUAGUCCUGAUGUCAGCAAUUUGAUAGCCUCAGUCUCAAAUUCUCCUGUGGAUAUUUUAUCUCCUCCACCUAGAGGUUCAAGGUCAAUCUCUAAUAGUACAGAAGAACCCGAUAUCAGCAAUUUGAUAGCCUCUCUCUCCAAUUCUUCUGACAAUAUAUUGGCAUCUCUCACUGGAUUAGGUACAGAAGAGCCUACUGUUAAUCCUGAACUCGGCAAUUUGAUAGCCUCAGUCUCAAAUUCUCCUGUGGAUAUUUCAUCUCCUCCACCUAGAGGUUCAAGGUCAAUCUCUAAUAGUACAGAAGAACCCGAUAUCAGCAAUUUGAUAGCUUCUCUCUCCAAUUCUUCUGACAAUAUAUUGGCCUUGCUGAAUGGAUUAGGUACAGAAGAGCCUACUGUUAGUCCUGAUGUCGGCAAUUUGAUAGCCACGGUCUCAAAUUCUCCUGUGGAUAUUUUAUCCCCGCCUCCUAGAGGUUCAAGGUCAAUCUCUAAUAGUACAGAAGAACCCGAUAUCAGCAAUUUGAUAGCUUCUCUCUCCAAUUCUUCUGACAAUAUAUUGGCCUUGUUGAAUGGAUUAGGUACAGAAGAGCCUACUGUUAGUCCUGAACUCGGCAAUUUGAUAGCCACGGUCUCAAAUUCUCCUGGGGAUAUUUUAUCCCCGCCUCCUAGAGGUUCAAGGUCAAUCUCUAAUAGUACAGAAGAACCCAAUAUCAACAAUUUGAUAGCCUCUCUCUCAAAUUCUUCUGACAAUAUAUUGGCCUUGUUGAAUGGAUUAGGUACAGAAUGGCCUACAGAUGUGUCUGCUGUUAGUCCUGGUGUCAGUUCUAUGGCUGCUGCUUCAAAUUCAUCUGUGAAUAUCCUGGCAUCACUUGAUGGAUUAGGGUUGCUCUCCCCUUUGAGUACAGAGGGGUUGUCAGAGGCCCAGCUCCUGCAUUCUUGUAAUUUUGAGCUGAAUCUCUGUGGAUGGAAGCAUUGGCCAAAUGGGGACUUUGAGUGGACUCUUUCCCGGGAAAGGCCAGAAGAAUUUGAGAAAAACAGCCUGCCAAAUGGUGAAACCAGCUGUCGCAACUUUGCAGGUCAGUACCUCUACCUUCGACCACCAUUCCUUUUAGAGAGGGUCCAAACUGCUGUCCUGGUCAGUCCAGUUUUCCAAGGCUCCAAAUGCUUUUCCUUCUGGUACAGUGUGUUUGGACAAGGAGUGAAAAUACUUGCCAUCCAUCUACAGUAUCUGCAUUCCCCAGACAGCUGGCACAAGCUAUGGUCUGUUGAGAGAGCUAUGACCCGAACAUGGUACUUUGAAAAACUAGACAUCUUGAUGGAUGCAGAUAUAAAAUUCCAGAUUAUUCUUGAGGGGACCCUUUCAAAUGUUAAUGGGGAUGCUGCUAUAGAUGACAUAGUAGUGUCUGGCUAUGGAUGCGAGGAGUUUUCUGCCCAUCCCAGUCCUAGUGCAGUCUCUGGCUUGUUGAGCACUAGUUACCCUGCAUUGCCACUUUCUAAUGAUUCAGAUACACUGUUUUGUGACUUUGAAAACAAUUUGUGUGGAUGGCAACUGUGUUCCCAAGGUGACCUUAACUGGGUAUUGCAUCAUGAAAGAUCACUAGAUACAGCUACCCUGCUGAACACUUCUCUCAGUGGAUGUUCAAUGUUCCAAGGCCAGUACCUUUAUGCUGAAGUAACAUCUUCCCAUUUGGGCAAUCGAGCCCUCCUAGCCAGCCCUCACUUCCAGGGAUCCAGGUGCAUGUCCUUCUGGUACAGUAUGUUUGGCAAUGACUUCGGGUCACUUAAUGUGUAUGUCCAGUAUGCAAAAUCCCCAGACACCUGGAACAAAGUGUGGUCGUCAAAGGGCAGCAACAGCCGGAAGUGGUAUUUAGCAGAAUUGGAUUUGUUCAUUCAGCCCCAUGAAGUUUUCCAGAUCAUUCUGGAAUGGACUACUGAAAGGUGUUGUGGCAAUGUUGCAGUUGAUGAUCUGUUUGUCACUAGCCAUCAUUGUAAUGUGAAGACGACACAUGAGCCAUGAAAAGAAAAAU